CGCUUUUUUCAUGUUCUCCGCUCCAAAGGUUAUAUCGGCCCCUGGCCGAGGUGCUGCUCAGGCUUCAGCCAGCAGCAAUGACUACCGUGUUGUGUUACCCCGUCUUCCUACCGGUAAGCUGGUUGCGGACUCCGUUUUCCUGCAUGCUGACUUAAGUGGUCGACCGUACAGAGCCCAAGACUUCAGAGACGCCCUUCGGAACGUUAUUGACCUGAAGGAAAUAAGUUCCAUCGGACAAUUUCAGAUGUCGCACGUGUGGAUGGUGACGUGCAAAUCAUCAAUUACAAAAUCAAAGCUAGUCACGUGCGGAGAAUUAUCCGUAAAAGGUAGACGCUGCCUCGUUAUUGACCCCGAGCCCACGGAAGUAAAAAUGAAGCUUUUAUGGCUUCCUGAGCGUUUGGAAGACGAUUACAUUCGAGAUGCGCUCCAGGCUUACGGGAAAGUGAAGUCCAUAUCAGUAGAAAGCUGGAGAGUAUCGGAAAUGGAGCAAAUGCGUACCCUCAAUCGUGACGUGGUGUUGACUCUUGCCGAUGGAGUCGGCGUGGGCGACGUUCCACAUCUGCUACACGUUUGUGGAGUGCAGAGCCUUGUAUUGAUCCCAGGCCGGCCCCCGCUUUGUCUCCGCUGUAACAAGGUUGGACACAUUCGUCGAAACUGCAGAACCCCACGUUGUGAAGCCUGCCGACGCUUUGGUCACACAGAUGAAGAAUGUGUUGUGACAUACGCCGACAAGUUACGGCACAGGACAAGGCCUCCAGAAGAAAGCUUGCAGGACCACAUAAUGGAUGUUACUGAGGUUCUUGAUGCAACGGGAGACGUUCCCUCUUGCGCGGAUACCAGCUGUGCCAGUAAGACCCCUCUACAUGUUAAAGAGAAUGACAUCGCAGAACUGCCCGUGGAAAAGGAAAGUACCAAAGAGAAAGAAGCGCCCGCUACCACGCAGCCAGUUGCCGCCCAGCCAGCGAAUGAGACAGCCGCUGAUGACUCAUCUGCUGCACCGAAGCACCUCAACACGUGCGCUGUGCUGGCAGAGGACAACCGAAGUAGCGCGGAUACGUCAAUUCCGAAGCGCCGUGCGUCUAACAGAUCAGAGUCAAGCACGGACAGCGAGACGGCCAGUACCACAAGAAAAGCACGUCGGCGCAAAACAUCGACACAUUCAGGAAAGUGCCGGCGAUCACGGUCCAGGAGGCCUGGUGAGAGUUCGGAGGGAGCCUCGCCGUUAACCUCUAGGACCGACCGCAUAGAGAAUCAAGUCUAA